AUGGAAAUUGUUCAAGAAGCUCUAGAUACCAGAACAUGGGAAAGGGCAAAGCUGGCAGCUUCGUUGGAUCAUGUUGUUGUGGCAACAGAUGAUGAUAAGAUUGCUGACUGCUGUCGGAAUUUUGGUGCAGAUGUCAUAAUGACAUCAGAGUCUUGCCUAACCGGUACUGAUCGCUGCAGUGAAGCCCUACAGAAGCUUGGGAAAAAGUACGAUAUUGUUGUAAACAUUCAAGGUGAUGAACCACUUGUUGAACCUGAAAUGAUAGAUCGUGUUGUCAAAGCUUUGCAGGCAACGCCAGAUGCAGUGUUCAGCACUGCGGUUACCAUUUUAAAGCCUGAAGAUGCACUUGAUCCAAACAGAGUGAAAUGUGUGGUUAAUAAUCAAGGUUAUGCCAUCUAUUUUUCACGAGGAUUAAUCCCAUUCAAUAAGUCAGGGAAAGUCAAUUAUGAGUACCCUUAUUUUCUUCAUCUUGGGAUUCAGAGUUAUGAUACAAAGUUUUUAAAGAUAUACCCAUAUCUUUCACGUACUCCAUUGCAACUUGAGGAGGACUUGGAGCAGCUUAAAGUUCUUGAGAAUGGCUAUAAGAUGAAGGUAAUAAAAUUUAACCAUGAGGCCCAUGGUGUUGACACUCCUGAAGAUGUUGGAAAAAUAGAAGCUCUUAUGCGCGAGAGAAACUUGUCUUAA